AAAGCAGAAAAAGUUUUGAGCGCAGAGGAGCCCGAGCAGUACUGGCAAGGUAGCAAUGGUGGCCGAUGCGGAGCUGGUGCAGCGGCUGAGGGAUUUUCUACGGUCCUCCGACCUAUCGACGACAACAGCGGCGAUCGUCAGGCGGAAGCUUGAGGAGGACUUUGGCGUUGAUCUGACGGAGAAGAAGGCGUUCAUCCGGGAGCAAAUCGAUCUCUUCCUGGGUGAAUUGAACGAGAAGGAAGAGGAGGAUGAAGAAGGGGAGGAUGUGAAGGUGGAGAAAGAGGAAGGAGGCAGUAGCGGCCAGGAGGAGGAGGAGGAGGAGGUGGAAGAGGACGAGGAGGGGGAGGAGAAAGAGGAGGGUUCCAGUAACAGCAGCGGCAGUAGGAAAAGGAGCAGUUCAAACAAGCUCACUGUGGAAGUUAAGAAAAGGGGUGGUGGAUUUACAAAGUUGUGUAGCCUUUCCCCUCUGCUUCAAGAGUUCGUGGGUGCACCUGAGUUGGCAAGAACUGAAGUGGUCAAGAGACUCUGGAUCUAUAUACGUGAAAACAAUUUGCAAGAUCCAAGCAAUAAGAGAAAGAUUAUAUGUGAUGAGAGAUUGCAAAGCCUUUUCAAGGUCAACAUGAUUGACAUGUUUCAAAUGAAUAAGGUUCUGGCGAAGCAUAUACAUUCUUUGUCCUCAGAAGAUGGCUCAGUGAAAUCACCCAAUGAAAAGCCAAAGAAAAAAGUGAAAGAAGAUGUAGAUGCAUCACGAAAAGGAAAGAAGCAGAAAGGAGGGAAUAAAGGAGGGAAUACAGGGUUUCUUGCACCCCUCCCACUCUCAGAUGCUUUGACAAAGUUUAUUGGUACUGGUGAAGAUACAUUGCCAAGAUCUGAUGUUAUCAAGAGGAUAUGGGUUUACAUAAAGCAAAAUAAUCUACAGGAUCCUGCCGACAAGAGGAACAUCAUUUGCGACGAUAAGCUUAGAGAACUGUUCCAAGUCGGCUCAUUUAAUGGUUUCACGGUUACAAAGUUGCUGGCAGCUCAUUUUGUGAAGACAAAAUAGUUAUUUACUGACAGAUCUGCCAUUAUUUUGAAGGGCGAUUGUGCAAUUUUGUUUUGCUCCUGUGGCUUCAGCUUCCUCUUUUGUAGACAAAGAGGCAUUAGCCGUUUUCAUCUUAAUUUGUUAUGAGAGAAUGAGAAUGAAAUUUCACUUUUAAUUUUACUUGAGUUAGGUGC